CGCGAAGCAAAUCUACCGACCCAAGCUUUGCGGAUAGAGAGUUCGCAUGCCCCGACAUCCAGUUCGCUCCCACAGCCGUGCCCGCUAGACCCCGCUCCAGCGAUGGAGUCCGCCGCAGAUACCUUCAACAACUCCAACGCCUCCUCCCUGGCGGGCGGCUACUCAACCUACAAGCAGGGUCCGGUGGUCACCCUGGUCUUCAUCGUGGGCUACACCCUGUGCUUCGUGCUGUGUGUGGUCGGCAACUCCUUCGUCUGUGCCAUCGUCGCCAAGUACCACAACCUCCACACCGUCACCAACUUCUUCAUCUUCAACCUGGCCGCGGCAGACCUGCUGGUAGCGCUCUUCUGUAUGCCCGUGACUCUCAUCAGUAACAUCGUCACCGCAUGGCCGUUCGGAGGUGUCAUCUGUAAGCUAUCCCCGUUUAUGCAGGGGGUGUCCAUAGGGGCGUCCAUCUUCACGCUGGUCGCCAUAGCGGCAGACAGAUACCUGGCCGUUGUCCACGUCCCCCAGGGUAAGAUAAGCGGUCGCCAGGCGGCGCUGUCCAUCGCCGCUAUCUGGCUGCUGGCGGCCGCCAUCAACAUCCCCCAGGCAGUCGUGCUCGAAGUAGCGCCUCAUGACUUCGGCGACGGGGUAACCGUUUCCGCCUGUCAGGAGGAAUGGCCGAGCAUGAACCACCGCCGUGCCUACACCAUCAUGUUCUUUCUGCUGCUGUUCGUGGUGCCUAUCUCCGUCAUCGCCUACAUGUACGUCCAGGUGGCCAACAACAUCUGGUACCGGCCUGUGGCGACCUCCGUGCCGCGGAAGCUGGCAGAUCCCCACGAGAAGAAGAAGACCUGGGUAGUGAAGAUGCUGGUGGUGGUGGUGGUCCUGUUCUUCGUGUGCUGGCUGCCGCUCCACCUCAUCACCCUCAUCGGCGACUGGUCGGAUCCCUACGCCAGCCACGCCGAGGUCGUCUUCGUCUACCUCUACCCGAUCGCUCAUUGGCUGGCCUACUUCAACAGCUGCAUGAACCCGGUGGUCUACGGGUACUACAACAAGAACUUCCGGCGGCUCUGCGACUCCAAACUCGGCCGCCAUGGCGGGAUGGACAGGGACAAAACCAACGGAAACGUCAACGCCACGGAGAACAAGGAGAACUACCAGCUGCAGGUGAUUGAGACGGGUACGGAGCAGCAGCCGACCAGACGCACCACCGUUUCCGCCAUCACCAUGGGAACCAUGGCGUCAACACCUGACGGGACCCACGUCCACGCUGACGUAGCCGUGUAGAUCACGGCUGUCCGUUAAAUUUCAAACAGUACGUACCGUUAAAUUUCAAACAGUACGUAUAUCGCACAUACUUGCUCAUUGCAAGUACCAAAGACAAUGGCUCUGUUUGUAUUAUGUGAAACGAGCACUGCACGAAAUGCUACCUUUUAGCAAGUAGACUCAAAAUCAAACUUGAACCUCCUUGCUUUACGCAUACCUUAAACCAUGCGUAAAGGUAUACGCGAGUGGAGAAACGAAAGCUUUACGCAUUCUUUAAUAAUAUGUGCGUUAAGUCCGGAUUUUGUGUAGUGA